CUAGACCCUAGAAGGAGGGGAGGCUCAGCCUUUCGAGGUCCGGCGCUUCUGGGAUUUUGUAGUUUCGAGAUAAAAAGCAGCCCCAGGGGAAUCCGGGAGCUGCCGCCUCGCGUGGGUGACCUUGGGGCAUAUAACGCGCCCUCGCCGGGCCUCAGUUUCCUCACUUGAGGAAAGGGGCCGCUGGAAAUCCAGCUGUUCCGAAGGCUUCUCGCGACCACCCCCGGCGCAGCCCCUUGGGCUCCUCCCAGCCCGUUCCUGGAAGUUUGGUUUGGCCGGCCGGUUGCCAGACGCAGUCCUGGGGCUGGACUCUUAGGAGGAGGGAGGCGAACGUGGAGGAGGGGACGGACGGCGACCCGGCUCCUUCCCUCCUCCCCCCUACCCUUCUGCAGAGGGAGUCGCGUGAGUGCCUGCUUCCCCCCCCACGGGGUUUCCCCUCUCUUUCUCCCUCCCUCCCUCUCUCCUCCUCCCUCUCUGUGCUGCUGCAAAGGGAGGCGGGGGCUGCGGGGCAGCUUUCGGAGCUGGGGACGCCUCGGGGGACGACCGGAGAGCAGCGUGUAGUGGAGGAAAGCGCACAGCCCCGCUUGGGCUCGGGCUCCCGCUCCGGCAUCCCUGGUCAGCCCAGGGCGCACGGAGAGAGUGCCCGGCCCGCAGCCCGCAGCUAAGAGCUUGGUGACCGCGCCGAGGACUCAUCUAAUGAGGAGACCCUGAGAGGCUGCCCUUCGGAGCCCUGAAGAUGGAGAAGACCGAGGCCAGAGACCAGGCGCCAUCCCAAAGGGACGGAGAAAAAGAGGCUCCCCAGAGUCACCCCUAUUCUGUGGAGACGCCGUACGGCUUCCACUUAGAUCUGGACUUUCUGAAGUAUGUGGACGACAUCGAGAAAGGAAAUACCAUUAAGAGAAUCCAUAUCCACAGGAAAGCCAAGCAGCCCAAAUUUAGUACUUUGCCUCGGAACUUUAGCCUCCCUGACAGUGGGGCCAGGCCCCACGCAGCUCCUCCCCACCCACCGUGGACCUCCGCAUUCUCGGGCCUGCCCAGAAAGACCUCCCUGGGGUCGGAGGAACCCCCCGGGGAUCCUGCUCAGCCCUUGGCUGGAGGGGCUGAGAUCAGCUACAGGAGGAGAGCCCUACUGGCCGAGACCAUUCGCCAAGCGGAGGCCCCCCCGUGUGCUGAGGCCGAGCUCGACGGUGGGAGGGGGAGGCCCCAGCUGCUCAGGGCCUCCAGCAUGCCGGCGACCCUCCUCCAGCACAAGCUCUCAGAUGAGCAGAGCCUUAGCCCCGGCCUCACCGAGGCUCAGCCCCGAGAGGAAGACGGUCUCUCCGAGGCUGCCUUUGGCCCUGUAGAGGACUUUCCGGAUCCCCACAGCUCCGGCCUGCAGGCAUCCUCACAGCCCCAGAUGGAGGAGUUGGCAGCUCCGGUGCCAGGAAUCCCUGACCUAGUCCAGGACACGCCAGAACUUGGGGACCAGGACAAAGGGCUCCAGAGCCACAGCUGUCCCCUGAGCCCGGCUCCCUUUCCCCAGGACCUUCCUGUGGUCUUAGAGAGUGUGGAAGAAGAGCCAAAGGCACCAGAAGUUGAGCUGGGGACCCCCCCUGGGACCCCCACCCCAAGCCCGCCGCCUCUGCCAUCUCCCAUCCCUGAGAAUGAAUUCCCCUCGGAAAUGGAGCUGAACAUCAGUGAAAUCCCACCUCCGCCCCCCGUGGAAAUGGACAUGCGCAGCUCGGGCCUUGGGGUGCCCGAGGAGAGCUUGGGGCUGGGGCCCUCCGACCCCCUGAAGCAGCGGGUCAGUGCCCUGGAAGGACAGCUGUCUGCAAGGACAGAGGAGCUGGCCAAGCUCAGGGCCCUCCUUCGGCAGCAAGAAGACGAGCUCCAGAGCAAAGAGCGGAGCAUCCGUGAGCUGGUGGGCACCGUGGCGGAGCUGGAACGCCGGCUGGGCCGGAGUGGCGCUGUGUGCGACAAGGGCGUCCCGGUCAGUCCGCCUGUCAGCCCCCGGCCGGCAUCGCCCCCUCCUCAGGAGCCAGAUGUCUCCCCCCCGACCCCCAGCCCCAGCUAUCUCUGCACAGAGCUCAAGAUCGAGGAGCAGGUCCCCGAGGCGGGCGGCCCGGGGGGCUCUCCAUCCAGCGUGGGCACCGGCACUUCCUCCCCCGGCACGGAGCAGCGGGGCUCCCCUCCUGACGCCUCCAUCGGCCAGUACGUGAAGAAGAUCCAGGAGCUCCUUCACGAGCAGUGGACGUGCCUGGAGCACGGCUACCCCGAGCUGGCCAACGCCAUCAAGCAGCCCGCGUCCAAGCUCAGCUCCAUCCAGAGCCAGCUCGUCAGCUCCCUCAACUUGCUGCUGUCUGCCUACUCGGCCCAGUCACCGCCAGAGCCCGAGAGACCCCCCGGCAGGCCCCCGCCCCCCGAGAUCUCCCCGUCGACAAGCCUUAAGUCCAUAAUGAAAAAGCGAGGCUAUGGCUUCCGCGCAGGAGCUACGAGACAACGUCCAGCGAGGAGACCAGCGGCGAGGACAGUGCAUCCGAGGCUGCUUCCGACGGGGAGCCGGAGAAGAAGGGAGAUGGCCCAGAGCUCAAGCUGGGCAGAGCUGCGGAGGGAAGCCAGCAGAUGGUCCAGGGCCCCGCGGAGGGCGCCGGGAGCAGCGCCAGUGGCGGGAAGGAGCUGCGGCUGGUGCUCAUCACAAGUCGGAGAGGUCUGCCAGAGCCCCUCAGUUUCCCUAAGCCUGAUCUUUAAAAAACAGGGGAGCAUCUUGGUGUUUCAGAGGCAAAGCUUGAAUGCCGUCAGUCAGGAGUGGUUCCGAGUGUCUAGUCGGAAGUCGUCCAGCCCUUCCGUCGUCGCCGCCUAUCUCAGUGAGUUCCAGCCCAGCGACCCCCAUUUCCUGAAGCUGCUCGUCAACUUGGCAGAUGACAAUGGGAACACGGCUCUCCAUUACAGCGUCUCGCACUCCAACUUCCCCGUUGUUAAAGUGCUGCUUGAGACAGGUGUGUGCGACGUGGACCGCCAGAACAAGGCCGGGUACACGGCGGUGAUGAUCACCCCGCUGGCCUCUGCCGAGACGGACGAAGACAUGAGCGUGGUGGGCAAACUCCUGAAGCAGGGAAAUGUGAACAUCCAGGCGGCUCAGGGGGGGCAGACGGCGCUGAUGCUGGGGGUGAGCCAUGACCGGGGGCACAUGGUGAAGGCCCUGCUGAGCUGCGGCGCUGACGUCAACCUCCAGGACCACGAGGGCACGUCGGCCCUCAUGGCGGCCGCUCGCCACGGCCAUGUGGACAUGGUGCGGCUCCUCCUGGCCCACCCAGACUGCGAUGCUGCGUUGACGGACAAGGCUGGCCGUACAGCGCUGUCCACUGCCCUGGCCUCGGCCGGCCAUGGGGAGAUCGCGGAGCUCUUGUGUGCCCAUGCCGAGCAGCGCAGGUCCGUCGGGCCAUAGAUGCGUCCGAGAGCCGCUGGCAGCCCCGUACAAAGGCUCACCUCAGGGCUCCUCCAUCCUAGCCCCGGCAGAGCAGAGCUUGUCACGGGCGGCUCCCUCCUCGGCUCCUCCAGGGAAAGAACUGCGUCCUGGAUGAACCCCCCCCCCCACGAUGUAUCCGUCCGCUUAUUAGGGCGCCUCCGUAUUAGGCACCAGGCCUGGGCCUGCCGAGGCUGGGCUGCUGGACCCCAGAGGACGUCGGGGGCCGGGUCGGGUUUUGUCUUGUUUCCGGGAGCCCCGAGGCAGCCUCAGAAGCACAUCAGCAAAGCAAUACGUUUUACGUGAAACAGAAAGAAAUGCGUCUUUCCCCCCCCCAUUCCCAUCUUCUGUUUUAAACCCACUGGAUAAGGGCAGGCGUGGACACAUGGAGGCCCCAAGGAGGCCAGAAGCCCCCAGGUCAAGGCUUGCCUCCUUCACAGGUGAGCUCCAGGGACCUGGGGACAUUCUGUCCCUUGUGGGCAGCCUUCGCAGUGUAGAGGAUAGAGGAGAGGCUGGUCUGCUCUGGAGGAGGAGCUCCCCCGCUCCCCGAAGGCGUCCCUGGUCCAGGCAAAGGUCCACGAGAUAAGCACAAACGUGUGUGGAGAGCAGAGCCCACAUCCAUCCUAGAUAGGGUUAUGUGAGAGAAGCCGGAGGAGGUCCUCAAGAGCGUUGCGGUGGAUCCCCUCUCCUGGAACACACCAGGAAGCAACCUGAAGGCAGGCAGAGGUUCUGAGCUCACCCAGGGUCUCCAGCGAGGAAGCAUCGCAGGCAGGAUUUCAACUCAAGGCUCCUGACUCUCAAGACCAACAGCCUAUCCACACUGCCAUAUGUGUGUAUGCCUGUAACAUAUAACAUGUGUGUGCAUAUGUAUGGAAAUCUAUGUGUUUAUUGUCACGGAGAGAAAGUCCACUCAUGUUCCUGAACCCAGGGGUUCACUGUGGCACAGCCUGGGAUUGGGGAGCUCUCGAUUGAAGUCGAUCCUCUGGUCCAUACUGACCCAAUGACCCUGGACAAGUCCUUUGGCCCCUUGGCACCCCAGCCAACUCCCUGACUGUCAGUUGUCAGUUCAGUUGUCAGUUUGUGUCAAUGGAGAGAAGCUCCAUAGUGGGAGUUCCCUAUGCUGAUAACAUCUCUCCCUCCUUGUCCAGAUAUGUGGGUGGCCACUCACAUAUGUGUCGCUCAAUCUUCAAGCAUUUAUUACUCAAUUACUAUGUGCUGGACUGGACCAAGACCUGGGGGUACAAUGAAAGGCAAAGACAUGAUAUUUUCCCCUCAAGAUUCUGUGUGUGUGUGAGAGAGAGAAAGAGAGAAAGUGAGAGUGUGUGUGUGUGAGAGUGUGAGAAUGUGAGUGGGAGAGUGUGUGUGUGAGUGUGAAAGAGAGUGAGAGAGAAAGUGAGAGUGUGUGAGAGAAAGUGAGCCUGUGUGUGAGAGAGUGAGAGAAAAUGAGAAAGUGAGUAUGUGAGAGUGUGUAUGUGUAUGAGAAAGUGAGUGUGUGUGUGUGUGUGUGUGAGAGAGAGAGAGAGAGAGAGAUCAUAGCAGCAGGAACAAGGCACUGAAGGUAGAGAACUGGCCCAAGAAUUAGACCUUUACUGAGGUCUUACUGCAGACAAGUCCUGGCUGAAUGACUUCAUCUCUCAAAGAUUACAAAUGGCAGGGCAGUGACUGAUUGGCAUUGGCAGAAAGGAGAACCAAGAGUUUGAUCUACGUGGACCCUUAGGCUUCCAUACACACAUAAUAAUAUUUCCAUGGUCCUUUAAGAUUUGCAGUGUAUUUCACAAAUAUUAUCAUUUUAUGUUCACAACAAUUCUGGGAGGUAGGUGCUAUUAUCCUUCCUAUUUUACAGAUGAGAAAACUGAGGUAGACAGAGGUCAAGUGACUUGCCAGGAUUAUAUAGCAAGGAUGUGUCAGAAGCAAGACUUGAAUAAAGGUCUUUCUGACUCUAA